AUGGCAUCGAAGGCACAGGGCCAAGAUGAAGGCGGAGAUGGUGGUGGAGGUAGUGAUGGAAGUGAUAAUGGAAGUGGUGGCACAGGUGGUGAUGGUGGUGACAGUGGAGGUGGUACAGGUGGUGGUGGUGGUGACAGUGGAGGUGGUACAGGUGGUGACCAAAAUGGCGGUGGAGGAGGUGAUGGCAAUCAGAACGUUCCACCAAAAACAACCACUUCAGCAUCUAACACCAUUACUCCUUAUCUCGCUGUUUCGGCUCUUUCCUUCCUAUUUUCCUUGAUUUUGAAAGUCUAG